AUGGAGAGUUCAGUGCAGAUCACGUUUGAAGAGGGCCCUCUGUUGCUACCAGCCACAAACAUAAGUCGCGUGACGUGCAAGGGACAAUCGGACCACAGCAUGGUGCUAUACUGCCAUCUGUCAGCUGAGGCUGUGAAAUUCCCCGUCUCUGUUACUCAGCAGUCCCCAGUUGCUGUUUCUGUGGACACCUAUCACAUCGCUUUGGCUGUGCUGCAGGCUCAGGUGGAGAUCCACUUGGAGGAGAUACAGAACGAAGGUCUCCUGGUGUCAUGGGCGUUCAAGGACAGACCGGACCUGAACCUUUCGGUUCUUCCGAGACUUCAGCUUCGCGAGAAGAAUGAAGGAAGAGUGGAUCUGUCCACCAUAAAGGAUCUGAUCGAGGAUACCAUUGUCAGCACGCGGCCAGCCAUGAUGGUUAAUCUGAAGGCCUGCGCCGCCGGAGCCGGUGCGGUAUCCAGCAAUAAGUUGACUCAAGAGUCCUCAUCCGGAGUAGCAGCAGCCCCUCCUUGUUCUAAGCUGUUGCUCCGGAAUCUUCGAGUGCUCAACUUGGGCUGCCAGGGAAAGGGAGGAGUUGGGGAGAUACGCUGCGUGGCAGAGCUAGACAGCCCCCUGCAGCAGAAGCGAACGAGGCCGGUGACAGCUGGCAGCACUGGUGCUGCAGCAGAGAUGGAGUGGAAUGAGGAGCUCCUUCUGGAGUUGGGACCUAGAAGUAAAGAGCUGAAGCUACAGGUGCUGGGGAACGGUGACAGAGGGGGAAAUGUGCUGCUGGCACAUGCCACGCUUUUGCUCGAUUCGUUGGGCAAACGACCGUCCGGGAGACAGGUCUGCUCAUUGGCCCCGGGAGCUGGGCGGUCGCUGGCGGCUGAAGCUACCGGUGUGCUGGAGGGGCUGCUAUUCCAGGAGUCUCCCGCAUCUUUGGACGCUCAGCAUGCCUCAUCUCUGCGAACCAGCAUCACCCCCACCAAGAAGGUGGAGAUGGACCGGACCAUCAUGCCCGACGGCACCAUUGUGACUACCGUCACCACGAUUCAGUCCCGGCCCAAGGCGGACUGCAAACUGGAUUCACCGUCGAGGUCACCUUCCAAGGUGGAAGUGACUGAAAAGAAGACAACGGUGCUUUUGGAGAGUGGCUGCCCUCAUGGCCCCUUGCCCAGCAGUAGCCGGGAUAGCCGUACGCCCAACGGCUUGGAUCCGGUGGCUGAGACGGCGAUCAGGCAGCUAACCGAGACGAAUAACAAGCCUGCCAAGAAGACCCCAACGAAACGUAGCACGCUGAUCAUCUCGGGAAUUUCCAAGGUACCUAUCUCUCAAGAUGAAACGGCACUGUCUUUGGGUUAUGCUGCAUCCCUGGAGGCCACGGCGUACGGGGAUUCAGCAGCAGAGAGUGCGGCUGACCGGAUGCACGAUUCUAACGAAUCAUCACAGCUGCUGGAGGCGUCGCUGUCGGGACGAAGGGCUAGUCAGGAGCUGGAUGAGACGACACGAUCAGACGUGUCUGAGAGACCGUCAGUGGAAGAUGUAGAGUCUGAAACAGGCUCCACGGGAGCCCUCGAGACCAGGAGCUUGAAAGAUCACAAAGUUAGCUUUCUUCGGAGCGGUACCAAGCUCAUCUUCCGGAGAAGGAGCAAGCAGAAGGAAGCGGGCCUGAGCCAGUCGCAUGAUGACUUAUCCAAUGUCACUGCUGACUCUGCUGCCAGGAAGAAAGCUGGGAGCUUCUCCCGCCGCCUCAUCAAGCGCUUCUCCUUCAAGUCUAAAUCCAAACCCAAAGCUAACAACAGCACCACAGCAGGUGAGAACUGA